AGUGUCAGAUUGUUAUAUCCACGGACAAGGAUCCUUCCUUCCUACCCUUGUCUUUCUUGCAAUAGAGGAGAGUGUGAGAGACCAUGGCAGCCACACUCUGUCUCCUCAAACUUCCUGUGCUUCCCUCAUCAAAGCACCAACAACCCUACAUCCCAAAGCUAAUUUCUUCAAUACCCAUUUCGCCAAAUCUCCCCCAAAACCUCCUAAAAGAAGCCAUUAGACCGCUCAAAUCCGCUUCUCUUCCGCUCAGUGCACUGGCAUUCACGUUCUUUCUUGACGCUCAGGAUGCGGUUGCGGUGGGUGGGGAGUUUGGGAUUCUUGAAGGGAGGAGCUUUGCUCUCAUUCACCCCAUUGUGAUGAGUGGGCUGUUUGUUUACACCCUGUACGCCGGAUACCUUGGCUGGCAGUGGCGGCGCGUGCGCACCAUACAGGCCGAGAUUACUGAGCUCAAGAAGCAAGUCAAGCCUGUUGCUGUCACCCCUGAUGGCUCACCCGCUGCUCAACCCCCAAACCCAUCCCCUCUUGACUCCAAGAUUCAGCAACUCACUGAGGAGAGGAAGGAAUUGGUGAAAGGCUCAUUCAGGGAUAAACACUUCAAUGCUGGUUCUAUACUGCUAGGGUUUGGGGUUUUUGAGGCCAUUUUUGGAGGAGUUAACACCUGGUUCAGAACAGGGAAGCUAUUCCCAGGGCCUCACUUGUUUGCAGGGGCAGGAAUUACAGUGUUGUGGGCGGCAGCCGCUGCUCUUGUACCAGCAAUGCAGAAGGGGAACGAAACUGCUAGAAACCUUCACAUUGCACUUAACGCGUUGAAUGUUAUCCUCUUCAUCUGGCAAAUCCCUACUGGAAUUGACAUUGUGUUCAAAGUGUUUCAAUUCACUAGCUGGCCUUGAAAUCAA